ACAAAAAACAGAAAUAAAAAACGCCAUAAAACUCUCUCUCAGACAAACGCCUUACACACCACGCUGCCAACUUCAAUUAACCCCAAAAAAUUUCUCUCUCAACCUUUCUCUCUCCAUUCCUUGUACUGUAAUAAUUAAUCUGCUUCACAUUUUUUCGAUAAUAAUCUGAAGAAGCUGAAAUUGUUCAAUCAGAAGUAUAAUUUGUGCUCGGAGUAAAUUUUCAGGCGAAAGUUUUGCCGGCGGUAAUGUAUAAGCAGCAGUUUCUAGUUUGCCUGUUUUCAGUUGUUCUACUUAGCUCCUUGGCGGCUUUAGUUGCUGCUCAAGGAUCUAGGAACAACACAAGUAGAUGGCAAACACUUAAGGGAGACCCACCUUUAGUCAUAGCUAGAGGUGGAUUUUCGGGCAUGUUUCCUGAUUCUGGUCAAUAUGCUUAUCAACUAGCAGUUAGUAUUGGCUUACCCAAUGUAGUUGUAUGGUGUGACGUUCAACUUACGAAAGAUGGAUCUGGAAUCUGCUUUCCAGAUCUUAGGCUUGAAAAUGGCUCUAACAUCGAUGAUAUUUUCAAGAACGGGAGCAACGCCUACCCUGUGAACGGGGUUCCUAUGCGAGGAUGGUUUUCUGUUGAUUUUACCUUCAACGACCUUGAACCUGUCAAUUUGAAACAGAGAAUCUAUUCUCGGGCCCCUAAUUUUGAUGGCACUCCACAGCAGAUUCUUGGUGUUGAAGAUGUUGUUGGCUUAGUAAAACCGCCGAGUUUGUGGUUGAAUGUUCAGCAUGAUGCCUUCUUCAGCCAACAUAAUCUGAGUAUGAGAACCUUCAUUAUUUCUCUGUCUAGACGCGUUAUCGUUAAUUAUAUUUCAUCACCAGAGGUGAACUUCUUGAGAAGUAUCAUUGCACGAUUCAGAACAAGUCGAACAAAACUCAUAUUUCAGUUUCUGGCACCUGAUGAGGUGGAGCCUUUAACCAACCAAACAUAUGACUCACUUUUGAGGAAUCUAACAUUUAUCAAAACAUUUGCCUCAGGAAUUCUUGUUCCUAAAUAUUACAUCUGGCCUGUAGACAACAGUCUAUAUUUACAGCCUCAUACUUCUGUUGUUUCUGAUGCUCAUAAAGCUGGUCUAGAAGUGUUUGCAUCAGAUUUUUUAAAUGAUGAUGCACAUUUACCCUAUAACUACAGUUAUGACCCUGUUGCUGAGUAUCUCAGUUACAUUGACAACAGAGACUUUUCUGUUGAUGGUGUACUCUCCGACUUCCCAAUAACUCCAUCUGAAGCCAUAGAUUGCUUCUCGCACAUGGGCAGAAAUGGAAAGGAACAAGUAAACCUUUCGGUUAUCUCCUUGGAAGGAGCAAGCGGCGACUAUCCUGGCUGUACUGACAAGGCAUAUAGUAAAGCUAUAUCAGAUGGCGUAGAUGUUCUUGAUUGUCCUGUUCAAAUGACAAACGAUGGGAUAGCUUUUUGCUUGGGAUCUAUCAAUCUCAGAGAGAGAACUAAUGUUGAUGAAACAGACUUCAGCAACCUGGCCACAAGUAAUCCAGAUCUUAGCAUUGACGGUGGAAUAUACACCUAUAAUCUCACGUGGAGCCAAAUUCAUAGCACCUUGAGGCCUGCUAUAUACAAUCCAUACGCAAACUUUUCGUUAUAUCGAAAUCCAAAAGCCAGAAAUGAUGGGAACUUUAUGCAGUUGUCUGAUUUUUUGGCUUUUGCAAGAAAUGCAUCUUCUGUCUCUGGUGUCUUAAUCAGCAUAGAGCAUGCUGGUUACCUAGCCGAAAAACAGGGACUAGGUGUAACUGAUGCAGUUUUGGAUGCUUUGAGCAAAACUGGUUACAAUAAUCAGACAGCUAAAAAAAUUAUGGUAAAAUCUAGUGAUAGUGCUGUUUUGAGAAAGUUCAAGAGUAGAAGCAAUUAUGAGUUUGUUUACUUGGUCAAUGAGGAUAUCCGUGACAUCACAAACUCAACAAUUUCGGAGAUCAAAAAAUUCGCCAGUUCUGUAGUCAUCACAAAAAGAUCUGUAUUUCCUGUGGAUAAGGCAUUUCUUACUUCGCAAACGGAUGUGGUCCCAAAGCUUCAGGCCUUUGGACUCCAUGUUUAUGUGCAAUUAUUCAGAAAUGAGUUCGUGUCUCAACCCUGGGAUUUCUUCUCCGACCCUUACGUGGAGAUCAACACACAUGUUUCUGUUAUGGAAAUUAAUGGUGUCAUUACAGACUUCCCUGCAACAGCAGUUAAGUAUAAAAGGAACCGAUGUUUAGGGUAUAAAGAAGUACCGCUAUACAUGAGCCCUGUGCUACCCGGCAGCCUUAUUUCACUUAUGGCACCUCAAUUUUUGCCACCGGCCGAGGCUCCAAACCCGAUCCUUUCGGAGAACGAUGUGGUUGAACCACCUCUCCCUGCCGUUGUGGAAAAGCCCCCAACCACGGAUACUGGCAACAGCUCUACAGCACCAGGUCCCGCACCACGAAAUGGACAGCCUACAAUUGUUGCAAGCAUGAUCCUAAGUUGCAUUGCUGUCCUUGCGACCCUAUUGCUUUGCUGAGACAACCUCGACUACCUUGUUUUUUUCCUCGUUUGCUUAUCUGUAAUUGACCUCAUUGGACAUUCUGGAAUCAAACAUCGGACACUUCGGCCAUGAUUUUCCGCAGAGGAGAUUGGCAGUAAGCUUACGAGAUCAUUUAUGCGAUUUAUUCUUUACGUUGAAUAACAUCUCUUGUUCAUUUUGUAAAUUUUUGUUGGUGCAGUCAUCUUGUGUACGAGAACACCAUUCUUACAUUUCAACGUUUCCAAUGUUAAUGGGUGAAUUCUAUAAAAUGAAUGGUGACGAGAUUUGAACUCAAAUCUUUUGUUG